CACAGGGGAUGUCCCAGCCUACACCGAGAGACCAUACCCAAAUCAGCUUCCAGGGUAAGAUAGACUCGUCCCAACCACAUGUUCAAACAAGGAUUUGGCGUCACCUUCAUCUCCUCAGGUAAUGAGCCCCAAUGGGUGCCAACUGCCCUGCAGGUCAGCACUGGGACAGUUUGAUUAAAAAAUGUAUGCAAUGCAAACUAACGUGUCGACAACCGCUGAUCAUCUCCAAAUGCACCAAAUAUUGCGUGUUAGCGGAUUGUAAAACACUGCCCGGCCACUACUAUGAUGCGCUUCUAAGGGAAUGCGUGAGGUGUGCUGAUGUAUGCGGAAGGCAUCCAGCAGAGUGCACCCAACACUGCAGCACUCCAGUGACCUCUAAAAAGCUCCUUGUAAAAGUUACCUCUGUCCACACGGCCUUGGUAGAUUCUACCGUCCUCCUCUACGUCCUCCUGGCGCUGUGCAUUGGGCUGCUGCUGUCCAGCCUGUCCCUCGCCUUGGUCGUAUUCCUCAGGAGGAGAAGCGGAGCCGAAACGAACCCUAACCAAAUGGUCGUCGAGCAGCGUCAGGGAGAUUGUCAUCGAGGAGGCCAGCCGGGUCCGAGCUCCGCAGAUUUCAUGUUACACGCGAGCCGUGCUACUGAGCCAUCAGACGAGUCCAGCCCCACCGAGACCUGCGUGUGUGUCCACUGCUAUCCUGAUCUCGCAACAAUGGGUGGCAACAACGAGGGGCCUUCCCGAGCACCAAUGAAUUAUGAUCACAAAGCUGUGCUUCACCAUGCCCGGAUGCGAAAUCAAAGUCUCCUUGUGGACCCAGAUGUCUCACAUCUCCAGACUGGAGGUGCAUGAUGAGUCAACCGGUGGGAUGAUGCUUGUUCACGUCAUAGUUUAGUAUUAACAUUAACAACCAGCAACAAUGGGACCACUUCUAUGGGGCGCCGUUUGUCAAGCUGCUCACGCCAAAAAAUACCAGCAGCAUUUUGUCACAUUUAGCAUCAAAACGUGCCCCAAAAAAAAACGGAGUGAAUUUCCGAGUCACUUUUCUGCACAUUUAGAACAAUAUUUGUCAACUUUAUAGAUUAUGCCAAAUAUUAAAUCUUACACCUUAAUGUCAAAUUUAAAUGUUAAAUAUAUGAAUCUUAAGAAGAAAUAUGCACCUAAACAUAAAUGUUAAAUUCACACCAUUCACGCUGUUAUUUUCAGUGUGAGCCGCUUUACAAACGGCACCCAUUACACUUCUGCCAGAAAAUAUGCAAUUACAAUAGGACUGUGAUUUUUGUGAUGAAUGCAUACUGAAAAAAAAUAACAUUUAAUAAGGGUAAAUUCAAAACAAACGUACAAUUGUGUUCCUCAAAGUAUAAUACAGUAAUGUACCACCCAUUUUCUUUUUUGUCCUCUUUAGGGUUGAGCUGGAGCCUAUUCCAGCUGACUGAGCAAAAGGUGGGAUAAUGGUUGCCAGUCAAUCUCAAGGCACAUAUUGACAAUCAACCAGUCACACGGAUGGAAAAAAUAGAAUUUUAAAUUAACCACAACACUAUCUGAGUGUGACAGAAAAUUGGACUUGGGCUGUGGAACCCCCGCAUAAUCACUGAUUCAUCAAUUCGCUGAUUUUUGGAAGAGCCUAGCCUUUGUUAUUUGCUGAAAACUCAUCUAUUUGCAAUUUUUGUGCUCAGGCCAAAGCCCUGUCUAAUAUAAAAAUAUUGUUCGAGCGCCAUCUUGUGGAAUCUAGAGCCGAUUCCAAGCAUUUUUGGUUGGGCGUCAUAUAGGACUCGGUUUCUUUCACCCUCUGGAGGAGGAACUGUAAUGUGCUUUAGUGACAUGGCUAGACUUCAGUUUAUCCAUCCAUUUUCUAUUCUGCUUGUCCUCAUUCGCGUCACAGGUGAGCAGAGUUGGGGAGUAGCUUAUUGCAUGGAACAAGAUGAGAUAAUUGAAUUCCAAAAUGUACGUAAUUGUAGUCAGUUACACUACUGGGAGAAACUGUGUAAUUAAAUCACAGUUUCUUUUGGAAAUUUCCAUGGCUAAAAUUUUUGUGAACUUUUGAAAAAUGUAACUGUAAAACAAAAGCUCAGAUGUUGUUUCUAUAUUACUUCCACCUUCUAAAGCCGAUGCUUGUGAUUGGCUCUCUCUGGUCAUGUGCCAGUCUGCCUUCGCCUCAAACAUGACAGUUUUGUUUUUUCUCUCCAAUUUUUUGUAUCACUUAGAAGCGCCACCUUGUGGUACAACCUAUUCAUUUGUCUGAGAUUUUGAAAAGGUUCGACUCAGUUCCACUUCUGAACAUUUUCAUCUUGAUAAUUUUUGACUUUUUUUUUUUAAUAACACAUUCACUUAUCUGGUUUGCUAGAUUAAGAACAUCUCAAUUGUGCACAUUUGUCAUUAUGUCAACAUGGUGGUGUUCCACAUGCUGUACACAUGGAACGCGACAAACACUUUUGGAUUUAGAUUUUAUUAAGUUUCGUUAUGUUUAUCAUUUGUGUUGAGAACAAAAAAAUAUAUGGUUAAUAACUUUUUUUUUUUAGGGGGGAAACAUCUAAGGGUCCUGUUGACGCUUUCUUUCGAGAUGAAAAGUAAUCAAUACGUAUUAUAAUGCAAUUAUUAUUACUUUGCAAAAGUAACUGAACUAGUUACACGAUUUACACUUUUAACAGAAUAACUCAUUGUAACCAACUACAUUUCCAAAGUAAUCUUUCAACACUGCUGACAGGAUACAAAAUCAGUAAGACAAAGUCAGUUACAGAUCGAAAUUUAUUUAUUUUUU